CUGAAACUUGGAAAGAAGCCUAGCCCAGGUGGAGAAGGAAUCUCUUGUCUGAAAAGGGUGUUGGAGAAGAGCUUAUCAUGUCAGGCAGUGCUGAGAUGAUCAUCAACCUGGCCCUCUUUGGUGGGACACAGAGUGGGAAAAGCUCUGCUGGCAACAGCUUGUUGGGUAGCAUGGACUUCCCCAGCUGUUUGGCUCCAUAUUCUAUGACCAAGGUCUGUAGCCUGGGCAGAAGCUGCCAAAUCCCCCACUUCAUGAGGCGUGGUGGAAAAGAAAUGACUCUGAAGAUCCAAGUAUUAGACACACCAGGCUAUCCCCACAGCAGCCUGAGCCAGGAACUGGUGAAACAGGAAGUGAAGGAGGCCCUAGCAAGGCAUUUUGGACAAGAUGGUCUCCACCUUGCACUACUGGUCCUGAGAGCCGAUGUGCCUCUCUGUGAAGUGGAAGAAUGUUCUUCCAUCCAGCUGAUGCAGGAACUUCUUGGUCCUGCCUGGAAGAAUUUUACUGCCAUUCUUUUUACUCAUGCAGAAAAACUAGAAGAAGCUCAACUCAGUGAGGAAGAAUACUUACACACUGCUUCUCAUUCACUAUUAACUCUACUGAACUCUAUUCAACAUAGAUAUAUUUUUCAAUACAAUAAAAAAAUUCCACUUAAAGAACAAAGAAUCGAAACAUUAAAAAGAAUCGUGGAAUAUGUAAAAGAAAACUGUUACCAAGCACUUUAUUUUAAAUAAAAAGACUUGGCAAGUGUGAAUUUUUUAAAAAUAAAUUUAGUUGUGAAAGCUAAAAUAUUGAAAAAAUUCAAAUGCUUUUAAAAAUUAUUUUUAAUGCACAUUUGGUUUAUGAAUCAUGUUGGGAGAGAAAAAUCAAAGCAAAAAAGAAAAACCAUGAGAAAGAAAAAAAAAAAAACAGAAAAAAGAAGUGAACAUGGUAUUGUUGGUUUACAUUCAGUCUCCUUUGUUCUUUUUUCUGCAUGCAGAUGGCAUUACUUUUUUUUUUAUUAUGGCUUUUUAUUGAUAAAACAUAUGCAUGGGUAAUUUUUCAACAUGGAUCCUUGCAAAACUUCUGUUCCAACUUUUUCCCUCCUUCCCUCCACCUCUUCUCCUAGGUGGCAGGUAGUCCCAUACAUGUUAAAUAUGUUAAAAGUAUAUGUUAAAUGCAAUAUAUGUACACAUAUUUACACAGUUGUCUUGCUACACAAGAAAAAAUGGAUUUAGAAAGAAUGUAAAAAUAACCUGGGGAGAAAAACAAAAAUGCAAGCAAAAAAUACACAGAAAAAAUUACACAGAAAGAGUGUAAAUGCUACAUUGUGGUGCAUACUCAUUUCUCAGUGUUCUUUCUCUGGGUAUAGCUGGUUCUGUUCAUUACUGAUCAGUUGGAACUGCUCUGGAUCCUCUCAUUGUUGAAGAUAGCCACAUCCGUCAGAACUAAUCCUCAUAUAGUAUUGUUGUUGAAGUGUAUAAUGAUGUCCUGGUUCUACUCAUUUCACUCAGCAUCAGUUCAUGUAAGUCACUCCAAGCCUCUCUGUAUUCAUCCUGCUGGUCAUUUUUUACAGAACAAUAAUAUUCCAUAACAUUCAUAUACCACAAUUUACUCAGCCAUUCUCCAAUUGAUGGGCAUCCAUUCAAUUUCCAGUUUCUAGCCACUACAAAAAGGGCUGCCACAAACAUGUUUGCACAUGUGGGUCCCUUUCCCUCCUUUAAUAUCUCUUUGGAAUAUAAGCCCAGUAAUAAUAACUUUUUGAGUAUAGUUCCAAAUUGCUCUCCAGAAUGGUUAGCUCUGUUUAGAACUCCACCAACAAUGCAUCAGUAUCCCAGUUUCCCCACAUCCCUUCCAACAUUCGUUAUUAUCUUUUCCUCUCAUUUUAGCCAAUGGUGUGUAGUGGUAUCUCAGAAUUGUCUUAAUUUGAAUUUCUCUGAUCAAUAAUGAUUUGGAGCACCUUUUUAUAACUAGAAAUAGUUCCAAUUUCAGCAUCUGAAAAUUAUCUGUUCAUAUCCUUUGACCACUUAUCAAUUGGAGAAUAGCUUGAUUUCCUAGAGUCAAUUCUCUAUAUAUUUUGGAGAGGAGGCCUUUAUCUUUAUCUGUAAAAAUGUUUUCCCAGUUUAUUGCUUCCCUUCUAAUCUUGUCUGCAUUAGUUUUGUUAGUACAAAAGCUUUUAAACUUGAUAUAACCAAAAUUUUCUAUUUUGUUAUCAAUAAUGAUCUCUAGUUCUUCUUUGGUCACAAACUCCUUCCUCCUCCACAGGUCUGAAAGGUAAACUAUCCUAUGUUCUUCUAAUUUAUUUAUAAUCUCAUUCUUUAUGCUUAGAUCAUGAACCCAUUUUGAUCUUUUCUUGUAUGGUGUUAAGUAUAGGUCAAUGCUUAGUUUCUGCCAUACUAAUUUCCAAUUUUCCCAGCAGUUUUUGUCAAAUAGUGAGUUCUUAUCCCAAAAACUGAGGUCUUUGGACUUGUCAAACACUAGAUUGCUAUAGUUAAUGACUAUUUUGUCCUGUGAAUCUAAUCUAUCCCAUUGAUCAACUUAAUCUAUUUCUUAGCCAAUACCAAAUGGUUUUGGUGACCACUGCUUUAUAAUAUAGUUUUAGAUCAAGUAGAGCUAGGCCACCUUAAUUUGAUUUUUUUUUUCAUUAGUUCCCUUGAAAUUCUUGACCUUUUGUUCUUCCAGAUGAAUUUUAUGGUUAUUUUUUCUAGGUCAUUAAAAUAGUUUCUUGGGAGUCUGAUUGAUAUAGCACUAAAUAAAUACAUUAGUUUAAGUAGUAUCAUCAUCUUUUUAUAGUCAUGCCACCUAUACACGAGCACUUAAUGUUUUUCCAAUUGUUUAGAUCUGACUUUAUUUGUGUGAAAAGUACUUUUGUACUUUUGCUUAAAUAGUUCCUGACUUUCCCUUGGUAGAUAGAUUUUGGGAUUACUUUUGAUCCCUGAACUGCUGAGAACCAAGUCUUACUUGAUCAUUGUACAUUCUUGCUGUUACUGAUUCCUGGUUCUGCUUGUUUUCCUCAGUAUCAGUUCAUGUAAAUCUUUCCAGACCUUUUAAAAAUCAGUUUGUUCAUCAUAUUUUUAUGGAACAAUAAUAUUCCAUUACUUUCAUAUACCACUUGUUCAGCCAUUCUCCAAUUGAUGGGUAUCUACCAAUUUUCCAAUUUUUUUGUUACCACAAAAAGAGCUGUUAUAUUUUUGCAAACAUAGGUCACUUUUACCCCUUUUAUGAUUUCCUUGGGAUAGAGACCCAGUAGAAACACUGCUGGAUCAAAGAUUAUGAACAUUUUUAUAGCCCUUUGGGCACAGUUCAAAAUUGCUCUCCAGAAUGGCUGGAUCAUUUCACAACUCCACCAACAAUCCAUUAUGGCCCAGUUUUCUCACAUCCCCAUUCAAAUCAAAUGCUCUUUUGAAAAAAGGAGUCUCUAGCCUAUAAAAUACAUGUUAACAAUUUUUGUGAAUUCACUA